UUGAGAAAACACGCUGACGCUGAUUCGCUGUUUCCCGUGGUUCGUUACCAAACAGUUACGAAAGCUAAAAGUGUUGUAGCAGACUGCAUGUCCUACAGGUCCUUGAUUUUUGUAGGUUACAGUCAUGUUAGUUAUUUACAAUAGUACAAUAUCUAUCUGAAAUUGUAGAGGAAUUAUAGUAAUCUGCGUUGUUUUACGGAAGACCGAAACCCUACCUUGUUGUACAGUGGUUGAACGGAUUUAUGCUGUGAUACAAACGUUAACGGAGACCUCGCAGUUAGCUAACGUGACAUUUCACCAAGGUUUGCUGGAAAACGUCUCAGAUGAUACAGCCUCCCCACUGGUAAGUGUCCGCUGGGGGAAAAAAAAAACCCAUCAUCACAAUGACAGCUCAGGAAGGAGAGGGAUGGGGAGGCAUUAACCUGUCACCUCACCUGCACACGGGCGAGUGUAACGACCUGAUAACUCUUCUGAAGCAGUGCCACACGGAGCACAAUGUCUUGAAGUUCUUUGGCGAGUGUAACGACGUGGACCGCCUUAUGCGUCAAUGCCUGAAGAAUGAGAGACUGGAAAAGCGGGAACGCAGCAAGCAGCAUGCAAAAGACAUGAAAAAGAGGCUGAAAGAAGGGCUGAAGGAGGAGCUCUGAAGGACAUUUUACUGCAACUCUACCUCUACUACAUGACAGUGUGUAACAAGCCUCGUCUGCUGUUCUUAUGUCAAGACCGAGAAAGAGUCAUAACUUCUGUCUCUUUGUAAUGUCAUAAGAGUGCGGAUUUUAUUAGCAAUUUUGAAUUGACAGGUCUAAGUGUCAUGUGCUGUUAUUAAAUUAUUCUGAUAUGAGUUGACAGGCAAGGUUAUUUAAAUGUUGGGAUCAUAUACCAGCAAUGAUGUGGUUAAGAUGCUCCACUCACUCCUAUAUUUACAGUGGUGUGAACCCUCCUUACACACAUUUGACUUUUUCUAUCUGGACAAACUAGGACUCGAACCGUUACCAGAACGUUUUAGGUCAACAUAAAAACAGCAUGUAGUACUUUGGAUUAAAGACUGCUGUCAGGAUAGUCAUUCAUUUCCCCCUCUGCUAGCAGUACUCUACGGCGCCGAUGAAGAUGUGAGUGUUAGCCGUUGGCAGAACCCUUUCAUCAAACUAUUUAAGUUGGCAGGACACCUCAGGAAUAUUCUGGUACCUGUUCUAUUCAGGAAAACAUGGGGGGGUCAGUUUCAGGGUAUCGGAGAUGCAUGUAAAAAAAACAAAAAGACCUAAAACGGGAUGAGCAGUGGCUUUACUCUUAAUGCCAGCAUACACACAUGAACAUGCAUAUUGAACACACUCAUUGUUGUUUGACUGUUUAUUUGAAGGGGGAAUCAUGUUGAUUCGCUACAAGUUUAAAUGCUUUCUAAUAAAGUGAAAUCACUUGAUUUAAAAAAAAAAAAUCCAUACUUCCAA